AAGAACGGUCUUGGCCGAAGACCCGUAUGUUCAGCACGUUGGACAGCGCGUGCUGAGCGUCCAUGGGAUUUGAAGUCAUUUUCGAACGGCUGUGCGGUCACGGCAUACCCUUUAGAACUACCAGUCCCAUGAUUCCUUGCGCGGCGCCGCUUUCGCUGCUCGUCGGCAUCAUCGGAAACGGGCCACAAGGCGUCGUAGUAACCAAGCCGAAAGGCUCACUAGAAACCAGAAAUCAUAUUCUCUAAAAUAUUACGCUAAUAACUCAACUCAAAGCGAGUUUACUCCCUCAACGCUGCGCCGAGUUUGCGGAGGAAGGGAUUAAUCCACCUGAACCAGCUCGCGCGGCUCGUUUCCUUCGCACCAGCUUGCGCCUCAGAGCCGGUUUCUGAUGAUUCGGUGAUCCGGAUCACGCGAGGAACGGAAGAGUUUGCUUGAGGAGCACCGAGAAUCGAAGACCUUUAGGAUGAAGUUGAAGAACAUGAAGACGCUUUUGGGGAAGGUCUGAUGCAGGGGCGGAGUGACGGUUGAAAUCGUUGAGAUUUUCAAAAAUCCCGGAGACAAACACGCCGGCUUCCGCCCUUUAGAGAAGAUUAGGUGUGAGGUUUGUCUCCUGAAGUCUCUGCAGCGCUUUAAAGACGUCCAGACCUCAGUGUGCUUGCACGAGGUUGUUAUAAAUGCAUCUGGACCGAGAUCAGCAGCUAGAGUUGUUUUUAACGGUAAUGCGCAGAUUCAGCAUGCUUUUAAAGGCUUUUAUACUCUUAAAAACUCAUGCAGUGGUUGGUAGAUGUGACCAGCUAUUCCAAUAUGAACAUUUGUAAUCACUCUUGACUGCAUUCCCUUUAAUCUGGAUCCAAAUCAGCAUUUUCCCAACCUGAUUUCUUCAUGACACCCGUUGGGGUCUUCAGACACCCUUCCCUGUGCAGGUGACCCAGCUUGUGUUCCAGUUAUGAUGCCCGGGCUGCAUGCAUGAACUUCAAGAGGGUGUUGAAUGGUGGCAUUGCCGUAGGGUUGGUUAAAGAUCUGAACUGGUGUCCGAAAGGCUGUAGGUUGCAACCCUACAAGAGACCGUUGCAGAUCCUGAGAGCAUGGCGGAUAAGACGGCUCCCGGCUGUCAGCUGAGGCUGGAGUGGAUUCAUGUGUACAGAGGACAUCAGUGCAGGAAUAACCUGUACUACACCGCUGGGAAGGAGAUCGUGUAUUUCGUGGCUGGCGUCGGAGUGGUUUACAACACCAGAGAACACACGCAGAAGUUUUACUUGGGACACAAUGACGACAUCAUUAGUCUAGCGCUGCAUCCGGAUAAGAUCCAGGUGGCCACAGGUCAGGUUGGGAAGGAUCCGUAUAUCUGCGUGUGGGACUCGUACGCGCUGACCACCGUGUCCAUCCUGAGAGACGUUCACUCUCACGGUGUGGCCUGUCUGGCCUUCGACGCCGACGGACAGCGUUUAGCGUCUGUGGGACUUGAUGCCAAAAACACUUUGUGCGUGUGGGACUGGAAAAAGGGGCGUGUCUUAGCCACCGCCACGGGACAUUCUGAUAGGAUCUUUGAUAUUUCCUGGGACCCGUUUCUGCCGCAGAGGCUGGUGAGCUGCGGAGUCAAGCACAUUAAAUUUUGGGCAUUAUGUGGCAAUGCAUUGACGCCAAAACGAGGGAUUUUCGGAAAGACGGGAGACCUGCAAACCAUCCUGUGCUUGGCGACGGCGAAAGAUGAAGUGACGUAUUCGGGAGCUCUUAACGGAGAUAUUUACGUGUGGAAGGGACUCAACCUGACACGAACAAUACAGGCGGCACACGGAGCAGGGAUCUUCAGCAUGCAUUCAUGUGAGGAAGGCUUCGCCACCGGUGGCCGGGAUGGAUGUGUGAGGCUGUGGGACGUGGAUUUCAAACCCAUUACCAAGAUUGACCUCAGGGAGGCAGAACAGGGUUAUAAAGGUCUGUCCAUCCGCAGCGUGUGUUGGAGGGCUGACAGGAUCCUGGCAGGAACUCAAGACAGCGAGAUCUUCGAGGUGAUGGUGAGAGACCGAGAUAAACCGCUGCUGAUCAUGCAGGGUCACUCAGAAGGGGAGCUCUGGGCCCUCGACCUGCAUCCCAAACAACCGCUGGCCGUCACCGGCAGCGACGAUCGAUCCGUACGACUGUGGAGUUUGUCCGAACACACGCUGAUCGCUCGCUGUAACAUGGAAGAAGCCGUACGCAGCGUCUCCUUCAACAACGACGGUUCCCAGCUGGCCCUCGGCAUGAAGGAUGGCUCCUUUACUGUUCUUCGUGUCAGGGACAUGACGGAGGUGGUCCACAUCAAGGACAGGAAGGAAGUCAUUCACGAGCUCAAGUUCUCACCCGAUGGCUCUUAUUUGGCCGUAGGCUCCAACGACGGGUUUGUGGACAUCUACGCUGUGGCCCAACGCUAUAAGAAAGUGGGAGAGUGCAACAAGUCCACGUGCUUCAUAACACACCUGGACUGGUCCGUGGACAGCCGCUUCCUGCAGACCAACGAUGGAGCUGGAGAACGAUUCUUCUACAGGAUGCCAACCGGUAAAUUCAUGCCGAAGGAGGAAGCCAAAGGGAUCCACUGGAUGAGGUGGACCUGUGUUCUCGGACCGGAGGUCAACGGAAUCUGGCCUAAAUAUUCCAACGUCAACGACAUUAAUUCUGUGGACGCAAACUACAGCAGUGCAGUGCUGGUGACAGGCGACGACUUCGGCCUCGUCAAGCUCUUCCGAUUCCCGUGUCUUAAAAAAGCUGCCAAAUUCAAGAAAUACAUCGGCCACUCUGCCCAUGUGACCAAUGUGCGCUGGUCACAUGACCUGCAGUGGGUCCUGAGCACAGGCGGAGCCGAUCACUCAGUCUUCCAGUGGAGGUUUCUGCCGGAGGGAGUCAUGAAUGGAGUUCUGGAGCCGCUGCUGCAAGAUAGCUACGCUGACUCUAACAGUGGCGAUUCUGACUCUGACCUCUCCGACGUUCCCGAGCUGGACUCCGACAUCGAACAGGAAGCCCAGAUGAACUACGAGCGUCAGGUGUAUAAGGAAGAUCUUCCUCAGCUCAAGAAGAAACUGGCUGGAUCUCUGAAGAGGCAGAAAGCUCCGGACGAGGGGCUGCGCCUGCAGUUUGUCCACGGGUACAGGGGCUGCGACUGCAGGAAUAAUCUGUUCUACACUCAGGCCGGGGAGGUGGUGUAUCAUGUGGCGGCUGUGGCGGUGGUGUAUAACAGACAGCAGCACACCCAGCGCUUCUACCUCGGUCAUGACGACGAUAUCCUGAGCCUCACUGUGCAUCCGCUCAAAGAUUACGUGGCCACCGGACAGGUGGGUCGAGAUCCAUCCAUCCAUGUGUGGGACAUCCCAACACUCAAGUGUUUAUCUCUGCUGAAGGGUCAACAUCAGCGCGGGGUUUGUGCUCUGGAGUUCACAGCGGAUGGCAAGAGUUUAGUGUCUGUGGGAAUCGACGAAGACCAUUCCUUAGUCAUCUGGGACUGGAAAAAAGGCGAAAAACUGGCCAAAUCCAGAGGACAUAAAGAUAAGAUCUUUGUGGUGAAAGGAAACCCGUUCCGCAUGGACAAGCUGCUCACGGUGGGAAUGAAACACAUCAAGUUCUGGCUGCACACAGGAGGAGGUUUAACGUUUAAAAGAGGCAUUUUCGGAAAUCUCGGCAAGCAUGAGACCAUGAUGUCCGCCUGCUACGGACGCUCGGAGGAUCUGGUGUUUUCUGGGGCGACGACGGGUGACGUGUACAUCUGGAAAGACACGACGCUCGUGAAGAGCAUCAAAGCUCACGACGGGCCCGUGUUUGCUAUGUGCUCUCUGGACAAGGGUUUUGUGACGGGGGGUAAAGAUGGAGUGGUGGAGCUGUGGGACGACAUGUUCGAGAGAUGUCUGAAGACGUACGCUAUCAAGAGAGUGGCGCUCUCGCCUUCAUCUAAGGGGCUGCUGUUGGAGGACAACCCGUCCAUCAGAGCGAUCACUCUGGGACACGGACACAUUCUGGUCGGCACCAAAAACGGAGAGAUCCUGGAGAUCGACAAGAGCGGCCCCAUGACUUUACUCGUGCAGGGUCACAUGGAAGGGGAAGUCUGGGGCCUCGCUGCUCAUCCACUGCUGCCUAUUUGUGCCACUGUGAGUGACGACAGAACGCUGCGGAUCUGGGAGCUUUCAGCCAACCAUUGCAUGGUGGCCGUCCGGAAACUUAAGAAAGGUGGUCGAUGCUGUGCCUUCUCUCCAGACGGAAAAGCCUUAGCGGUGGGUCUAAACGACGGAAGGUUGCUUGUUGUUGUGAAUGCAGGCUGGAUGGAGUGGUUGGUUUUCUUUCACAGGAAGGAGAUCAUCUCUGACAUCAGGUUCUCUCAAGAUGCUGGAAAAUACCUCGCCGUGGCGUCGUGUGACUCACAUUGUGUAAUUUGUGUAAAUUUAUGAGCGUUUUGGGGGGUGGGCGUGUGUGAAUGUGAGUGGGCUUUUUUGUGUGUGUGUGUGUGUAUUAAUGCAGGAAAACUGCUUCAAGUCAACACUGGUGCCAAAGAGCAGCUAUUUUUUGAAGCUCCACGUGGAAGACGACAAACUAUCAGCAGUUCAGAGUUUGAGAAGAUGGAAUGGGCCACAUGGACGUCAGUGCUGGGUCCCACCUGCGAGGGCAUCUGGCCGACGCUCAGCUUCGUCACCGCCUCUUCACUUACCAAAGACAGGAAGCUGCUGGCCACCGGAGACGACUUCGGCUUCGUCAAGCUCUUCAGCUUCCCCUGCAAGGGUCAGUUUGCCAAGUUUAAAAAGUAUGUGGCUCACAGUGGCAAUGUGACGAACGUUCGAUGGUCCAAUGACGACGCGAUGCUGCUGUCGGUGGGCGGAGCCGACACGGCCCUCAUGAUCUGGGCGAGAGAGGGGAUUGGUCCACGCGAGAGCAAAGCCGUGGACAGCGAGGAAUCAGACGACGACGCUGAGGAGGAUGGAGGGUACGACAGUGACGUCGCUCGGGAAAAGAACAUGGAUUACACGACGAAGAUCUACGCUGUCAGUAUCAGACCAGAUGACACGGGCGUGCUAACCACCCCACCAACAGAAAGAGAUUCCCAGGGAGAGCGGCCUCCAGUGAGCCGCGCCGCGCCGUUACCUGACAAGCUGGUGAAGAACAACAUCACAAAGAAGAAGAAAGUGGUCGAGGAACUGUCUCUGGAUCACGUGUUUGGCUACAGGGGCUUUGAUUGUCGAAACAACCUUCACUACCUCAAUGAUGGAGCAGACAUCAUCUUCCACACGGCCGCCGCUGCUGUUAUUCAGAACCUCUCUGCUGGUACUCAGAGCUUUUAUCUGGAGCACACGGAUGACAUCCUCUGUCUGACUGUCAAUCAACAUCCCAAAUAUCUCAACAUCAUCGCCACCGGUCAGAUCGGCCUGGCGCCAUCCAUUCACGUGUGGGACGCCAUGAGCAAGCAGACGCUGUCGGUGCUGCGCUGUUCUCACGCUAAAGGGAUCGGAUACAUCAACUUCAGCGCCACGGGAAAACUGCUGCUGUCUGUGGGAGUGGAUCCGGAGCACACCAUCACUGUGUGGAGAUGGCAGGAAGGCUCUAGGGUUUGCAGUAAGGGCGGUCACAGCGACCGGAUCUUCGUGGUGGAGUUCAGGCCGGACUCGGACACUCAGUUUGUGUCGGUGGGGAUCAAACACAUCAAGUUCUGGACGCUGGUGGGAGGCUCUCUGCUCUAUAAGAAAGGAGUGAUCGGAGCGGUGGAGGACGGACGCAUGCAGACCAUGCUCUCUGUAGCCUUCGGAGCCAAUAACCUGACGUUCACGGGGGCCAUAAACGGUGACGUGUAUGUGUGGCGGGAGCAUUUCCUGCUGCGUGUGGUGGCUAAAGCUCAUACAGGACCAGUGUUCACCAUGUACACCACGCUCAGAGACGGACUCAUCGUGACCGGAGGCAAAGAGAGACCGACUAAAGAGGGCGGCGCUGUGAAACUGUGGGAUCAGGAAAUGAAGAGAUGCAGAGCGUUUCAGCUGGAGACAGGACUUCCUGUUGAGACGGUCAGAUCUGUUUGCAGAGGAAAGGGAAAGAUCUUGGUGGGAACGAAGGAUGGCGAGAUCAUCGAGGUGGGAGAGAAGAACGCCGCCUCCAACACUAUGAUAAACGGACACACACAGGGACCCAUCUGGGGUCUGGCCACACACCCCUCCAAAGACGUCUUCAUUUCCGCCAGCGAUGAUGGAACCAUCCGCAUCUGGGACCUGGCCGAUAAGAAACUCCUGAAUAAAGUCAGUCUGGGUCAUCCGGCGAAGUGCACAGCGUACAGUCCGAACGGCGAGAUGGUGUCCAUCGGGAUGGAGAACGGAGAGUUCAUCGUGCUGCUGGUGAAUUCACUGACUGUAUGGGGCAAGAAGAGAGACCGCAGCGUGGCCAUCCAGGACAUACGGUUCAGCUCUGAUAACCGGCUGCUGGCCGUCGGCUCGGUGGAGUGCGCGGUCGAUUUCUACGAUCUGACUCUGGGCCCGUCUCUCAACCGAAUCGGCUACUGCAAAGAUAUUCCUGGAUUUGUGAUCCAGCUGGACUUCUCUGCUGACAGCAAAUACAUCGAGGUCUCUACCGGUUCAUAUAAGCGUCAGGUUCAUGAGGUCCCCAGUGGGAAGAUCGUCACAGAGCAAGCCCUGAUUGACCGGAUCACCUGGGCGACCUGGACCAGUGUUCUGGGUGACGAGGUUUUGGGCAUCUGGCCACGUAACGCAGAGAAGGCAGACGUGAACUGCGCCUGUGUUUCUCACGCCGGGCUGAACGUGGUCACCGGAGAUGACUUUGGACUCGUGAAGCUCUUCGACUUCCCCUGCUCCGAGAAAUUUGCCAAACACAAGCGAUACUUCGGCCACUCUGCCCAUGUGACCAACAUCCGUUUCUCUUAUGACGACAAAUAUGUGAUAAGUGUAGGAGGCAACGACUGUAGUGUGUUCGUGUGGAGAUGCAUCUGAUGGGCCUCCACACAGCUCCAAAAA